CCGUCGCUGGACGACACACCACCAUCCCCGUAGAGCUCUCCCGCAGGCCCGCUUUUGUCAGCUACCUGGCUCUCAUCAGCGUCAAGAUGCAGCCCAAGGUGACUACUUUGUGCACGCUACUGGCAUUCGUCGUUGUCGUCGCAAUUUCGAGUCUCACAGCCGAUGCAAUACCGCAUAGCCAUGAAAGUUAUUGGGAUCAGCAGGAUGACAUAGACCGAGACGAAUUUCUAGAGAUACUCUCUCGUCUUAGUCGUACUGUCAUGCGCCCUGAGAUGGAAAACACCAAACGAGGAUUGGAUCUGGGUCUUAGUCGUGGCUUCAGCGGUUCUCAGGCGGCGAAACACUUGAUGGGACUCGCGGCAGCGAACUACGCCGGCGGUCCCGGACGAAGGCGUCGCUCGGAACAAGCGUAGAUCGCACACACGAUCGCUGAUGCAGAGAGAUUACUAUACAACUCUUAAUAACGUCAUUCCCGACUCGAUCCUUCCACUUUAUCUCUACCUCGAGCUUGAACCACUGAUCUCAGAAUCGUCCGUUGCCAGUGGCGUAACUAAAUGCACUCGAGCCAUUACUUCUCUUCUCUUAAAUAAAUCUGUAGAGUGUGUGUAUAGACAUAUACAUCUUCUUCAAAGCGCAAAAAUAGCAUAAGUUCCUUAAUUAAAAAUUAUAGAUACGAUUAUAUGUAGAUAAUACUAUAGUUAAUCGAUGUUGAUAAAUUCGAUCAAUUUUACAUUCCUCCAUUUAAUCCUCGCACACUUACAGCUUUAGCACAUUCCUUGUAGUUGCACCACUGGCAGUUUGCAACUGCAUUGUCAAAUUGCUCUUUAUUUAUUUUGUUUUUGUAGAAGCGGAUGCAAUAUAAUUCCUUCGAGCGGAAAUACUUUUAUUUAAAAUGAAGUAAAUAUAAAUACCUAUAUGUUCAUAAUGGACACGAAUAGCACUUUAAAUAGUUCUAUCAUUUGUGUUCUAUAUCAAUUCGAUAGAACAUAAUUCAAUCUUCAUUAAGAAUUGAUUAAUA